AUUCGAUUGGAUUACAGCACCAGAGAAACGAACGAGAGAGAGAGACGAUUGGAUUACAGCACCAGAGAAACGAACGAGAGAGAGAGAGAGAGAGAGAGAGAGAGAGAGGAGAGAGCUUCCAAUUUAUUUUCUUUUAUGAAUAUACGUGACUUGCAUUCUUUAGAUUCACCUUCCCAACUUCGUGCAUCCCGUGGCCGACUCAGAAUUUUGCAGAGGAAUCUUCCCGCUACGUUUUGGGAGUUGGGCAUUCCCAAAUCGGCAGUUUCUAGGGUUUAUGCUGCAAUCUCUGUGAAUGUUGGGGUUUUGGGUGUGAGGGGCAUUUGGGGAUCGUUAUGUUGUUGUUGAAAAGGCAAGGCGUCGAUCGCUUCCUCUUCGCAAGCUCAAAGCACCGACCUUUGCUCCUCCAUCGCCGCCAGCAGUAUACAGAGGCCAUGGCGGCUGCUUUUUUGUUUAGCCAUAGUGGAUGCAGAGGGUUUCAAACCCAAGCUCAAUGGACGCCUUCCCAUUUUUCUGCGGGCCAUUCUUGCAAGUUUGCGAAUUUUCCCGGGAAAGCUGGAAAAUUUCCUGGGAAAGUUGGGAUUUUUCCUGGGAAUCUGAGGAAUACAAGCAUUGGGUGCAAUUUUGUUGUGAAGGGGUGCUUACAAUCUCAGCAUCAUCCCCACAAUCAGUCUCAUAGCAAUAGCAUUAAGCGUCAUCCCAAUGCUCAGUUGGUUCGUGAUCUUGAGCUGGACCUCCGCAGCUCGGAUACCGUUGGAUUGACCUCCACAAAUGGUUGCCAGGAGCGCGGAGGCCGGGCUGGAAUCCCACACCAUCCUUUGCCCGGUGAUAAAAUCGUUGUCGCGGUCGAUGUGGACGAGGUAUUGGGAAACUUUGUCUCAGCUCUCAACAGCUUUAUUGCUGAUCGUUACUCGUCCCACCAUUCAGUUUCGGAGUACCAUGUGUAUGAGUUCUUCAAGAUAUGGAACUGUUCACGUGAUGAAGCCGAUAAUCGUGUUCACGAAUUCUUUAAAACAUCAUAUUUCAAGACCGGGAUCCAUCCACUCCCAGGUGCUCAGGAGACGAUUCAUAAGUUGUCAGAUUUCUGUGACCUAUCGGUUGUGACGUAUGUACAAUUAGCUGAGACCAUUUUAUUAUUAUGGUUAUCAGAGCAUUUAGUAACUUGGUCUUUUGGCAUCUGUGCUAAUAGGUCUCGGCAGAAUAUAAUUAAGGACCACACUCUUCAAUGGAUCGAACAACAUUUUUCAGGGCUGUUUCAGGAGAUUCACUUUGGCAACCACUGGGCUUUGCAUGGAGAGUCCAGGCCUAAGUCAGAAAUAUGCAGGUCCCUGGGAGCAAAGGUUCUAAUCGAUGACAAUCCAAGAUAUGCACUUGAAUGUGCCGAGGUGGGGAUCAGGGUUCUACUUUUUGAUUAUGAGAACUCAUAUCCCUGGUGCAAGACCGAGUCUAUUGAUCAACACCCCCUGGUUACCAAGGUUCAUAACUGGGAAGCAGUCGAGAAGCAGCUGAUGACCAUAAACAGCAUAAUUUCGUAGUUUUUCUUACAACCCAUUACAAGAUUGACCGCCAAUUUGUCAAGAUAUGUUGAGAACACGGAGUCCUUCAGAAGGAUGCUACCGAAAUAUCGUGGAUGACGAAACUCUAGUCUUUAGAGACCGGACCAAAUAGGGUUGUCCGGUGACAGUUUUAGUAGGACAAUGGUGAGAAGUGAUAAUAUCAUAUCAUUACCCCAACUUCUGGCAACUAGGUGUCAGAUUUCUGAAAGCCAACCCUGGAUUGGGUUUGGUUUCUAUUCCUUUUUCUCCUUAUUAUUCAUUUAGAAGAGAAUGAGGUAAAAGGAAAAUUCCCAAGUUGUAAAUAUGGAGGAUGACGAAAAUUCGUGAAUAAUCCAAAAUUUUCCAUUGUUUAA